AAUCAUUAUACUGAGCGAUCUUGGCGAUGUUGCGUCUCACAGCUAAGCAGGCCAUGAGAGCCAGCUCCCAGCUGGCAGCCACCAGAAACCCGGAGUCAUCCUCGUACGUGCAGCAGAUCGAGGCGGAAUGGGAAACCGCAAAGCCCUUCAGGGAAAUUCCGGGACCGACACGGUGGCAAUUAUUUCGCGGCUUCCAGAAGGGCGGGCAGUACCAUCAACUGGAACUGAAUGAAGUGAUGCGCCUGCAUAAGCAACAGUUUGGGGACAUAUGCUUGAUUCCGGGACUUUUUGGUAUGCCGUCUACCGUGGUGUUGUUCAAUGCGGAAAACUUCGAGAGGGUUUAUCGCACCGAAGGUCAGUGGCCCAUCAGGUGCGGCUCCGAACCCGUCCUCCAUUAUCGUGAUAACAGAAAGGAUGAGUUCUUCAAGGACUGCGUCGGAUUAUUCAGCAAUGGUGCCGAUUGGGGAAAACAGAGAAGCGCAGUCAAUCCCGUUCUCAUGCAGCAUCGCAACGUGGCUGUCUACCUGAAACCGAUGCAGCGGGUCAACCGUCAGUUUGUCGAUCACAUCCGGAAAAUUCGCAAUCCGGAAAGCAAGGAAAUGCCCGGCGACUUUUUGAACAGCGUGAAACAGCUGACCUUCGAAUCGGUGGCGACGGUGGCCCUUAACAAGGAAUUGGGACUCCUCCGCGGAACCAAUCAGCCUCCCGAGGCAGGGAAACUGUUCAAGAAUAUAGAAAUCCUUAUGGAUUCGUUCUUUGUGCUGGGCAUGAGACCCUCGGUUUACAAGUAUAUUUCCACGCCCACUUAUAAGAAGUUCAGUCAGGCCAUGGAUGAACUAUUCGACACCUGUUCGAUGUACGUGAAUGAAGCCAUAGAAAGGAUUGAGAAGGAAGCGGACCGAGACAACUCUAAGGAUUAUAAAAGUGUUUUGGAACAGUUGUUGCAAGUCGAUAAGAAAUUCGCCACUGUUAUGGCCAUGGACUUGCUGAUAGGAGGAGUGGAUACAACCAGUACGGCCGUAGUCGGACUAUUGCUAAACCUGGCCAAGGAUCCGGAGAAGCAGCAGAAGCUCAGGGAGGAGGUCUUAAGCAAAUUACCUUCCCCGGAUAGAGAUUUCACUUUGGAGGACAUGAAAUCUCUCCCUUACCUAAGGGCGUUCAUCAAGGAAUCGAUGCGUGUGUACCCAGUCACCUUCGCCAAUGCCCGAUCUGCUGGAGCAGAUGUAGUACUUAAUGGUUACCGAAUCCCAAAGGGAACACAUCUAAUGAUGACCAACAGCUUGCUACUGGACGAUGAGCGCAUAUAUCCCCGGGCCAAACAAUUUAUUCCGGAACGCUGGUUACGCCGGAAUGACGUGGAACAGGGCAGUUCGGGUGUCCUGAUGCACAAGAACACUAGUUCCUUCAUAUACAUACCCUUUGGUUUUGGACCCCGCUUGUGUGUGGGCAAGAGGAUCGUGGAUCUCGAACUCGAACUAACGUUGUCCAACUUGGUGCGAAAUUUCCGGAUAGAAUUUAAGCAGCCCAACGAAAACCCGUUUAGAUGCACAUUUAACUUUGUGCCUAAUAUUCCCCUUAACUUUAAGUUCACUGACUUAAAAUAUUAACAUUUAUAGAUAUGACACCUUUGGUUAUUUCUUUAAAAGUUCUCAACAUAAAGCAUAUGAAACAGUUUUGCCGAAUUUAAAUGUUGGACGAAGCCUAAUUCUUUAAAGUUAUAAAAAUUUACAGAAUCGCAAUUUACUAUCUCAUGAUUCAUAUACUUGGUCCCAAGGUGCCAAGCACACUCCAAAUAAGAACUUCCAUGUUUUAUUUUUCCAUGCAAGUCUGUCAUUGCUAUCAGCUUUAUCUGAAAUAUAUUCGUAUUUCUUUUGUCUUACUAUAAACAAUUUGUGAUUUUAACUUUAAAUUUAAGUAUUUAAAUAAAAGAUGUAUUGAUUGUUAUUAAAAAUUUAGUUUAAGAAAAAAAAAAAUUCUCAAAUGAAAAUAACAAGCUCUCCGAGCGCCUGAACUCAGGACAUUCAAA